GCAACCCUAGAUUACGGUCGCCUGUACGUACUUGACGACAGUCGCUAUGAAGCUCUGCUCUGUUUUAAGAGCUAGCCUACUGAGACAUAGGUUUCAUUUCAUUCGCAUUUAGAGCACUCGUGCCGAUGUACUGUGAAGAAAACGCUGCAGGAAUGACAGGAAUCGAGGGUGUUAAAACACCACACGCGACCAUGAAGACAAAUUCCAACUGUGAUACUUCGGCAAUGUGACAACAUUAUCAUGGGUGUGCGUCAAUGGACAGGAGGAAAGCGCUACUGAAGAUCCUCAGUGUUGCCGAAUGUGCUGCUGCUCAGCUGCUUUCACUGAAACACAGUCUGCGUCAUGAGUUUACUGGCUCCAGAUCAUCCAGCGAGCAGCGGUGUUCACAACAGAGAAGCAUGUUGAUGGAGAAGCUGGACACAAUGAAACAUCUGAUCUCAUCUGUCCAUCAGCAGCUGAAUGAACUCCACGAUGAAGAGGCACGUUGGAUAGACACAGAGAAACAGAUAGAAGUUUUGCGAGAAAAGCUUGCACGGACUGAGAGUGAUAAUCAGAGCUUAAGAUCAUAUUUGAUUGAAAAAGAGAAAAAGUGUCAGGAUUUGAUGGCCGAGCAACAUAAGGAAACGGAGAACACCGAGUCGGGGAUUCAGUUGUCCAAGUCAAUUGAAGCUACGCGGGCACAUCUACAGGCCCAACUUCAAAGCAAAGAGGAACAGAAUGACCGUCUGAACGUCCAGCUGCUGACACUGGAGCGGACCGUCACGCAUCAGAGGCUGGAGCUGGAUGGGUUGAGAGCGCAGAUCUCCGCCGUGUCUGAGAGCUCACGUCAGGAGAAGGAGGCGCUGACGAAAGCCGCACGAGCUCAUAAACGCAGAGCUGAACGCUUUGAGAUGGCUGCGGAGAGAUGCUACGGACAACUGAGAGAGAAGGGAGUCCGUCUGGCUCGGAGCGGAGCAGAGAGAGACGUGUGGCAGCAGCAGCAGCAGCACAUCUCACAGGAAAGACUACAGCUGGACACACAGACAGCCGUGCUUAAAAACGAAAUCACAGCACUUACUGCAGAGCUGGACAGAAAGAGACGCACAUCAAAGUCAGCCAGUGCAAACUUACUGAAGAAGCUGCAGAAAAUCACUUCUGAAAACGAUGAACUCAACCGAGAACACGCAUCCCUCAAGGCCUUCAUUGCUGAUACUGAACAGAAGCUGCAGAUCGGUCAAGCUGCUCUCCAGGAACACAAUGUGCUUGCAGAGGAGAGGAAACAUCAAGCUGAACAGUACCAGCAUCAGGUAGCAGAACUAAAGGCAGAAAUCACAGAGCUGAAAAUCAAGCUGAAGAACCUCCUUCAAGAAACUCGUGACACUAAAGAGGCGAGAGAUGCUGAGAUCAUUCAGGUUCAGGAGGAUCUGGAGAGACGUGUGCAGGAACUGCAGGUAUAUCCAGAGUUGCUGGCAGUCACCGAGCAGAAGCUCCAGCGCAGUCGAGAAGACCUGAGACGCUCCGAGCAGAGACGUGCGGACAAGACCGGGUCCAUUAGACGGCUACAGGACACGGUAAACAUGCAGAUGGAGAAAAUGAAGUCUUCAUUGGAGAUGAAAGAGUCAGUCAAUGAAACAAACUCCCAACUGAAGCAGAAAGUGAAUGGACUUCAGAAGAGAAUAGAGGAGGUGCUCUGUGAGAACAGGGAGCUCAUCCACAGACUGACGGUUCAAGAGGAGGAGCUGAACUACAGCAGCAGACGACUACAACAGCGUUCAGAUGAGGGUCAGACUCUCAACCAGCAGCUGCAGACGGCUCUCACGGACCUUAAACUGCAGGUUUGUAAGGUGAAGGAGAAGACCUGUGGUAGAGAGAGUGUCCUGCAGGCCAAGCUCAAGCAACUAGAGGCCGAAAAAAUGAGAAGAGAGAAAGAACUUCAGCAGCUCAAACAGAUCAAGCUUUCUAGUGAAAAGCAAUAUGAAGACCGACUUCGAGACUUGCAGCUGAGCCUGGAGCAAUCUGAGAGCCACAAACAGAGCAUUCGGAGCUAUGUGGACUUUCUUAAAAAUUCCUACUCAACGAUUUUUGAGGAAGUUCUCACAUCAACUUACUGCUACUUGAAAUGACAACUCUUGGUGUAUGUAUGUGAUGCAUGAAAAUUGAAUUCUCAUGCUACUUGCUUUCUCAUAUUUAUUUAAAAUAAUAAAUAAAUACAGUAUAUAAAUACAAUAAAUACCUAUAAUAUACAGUAUGUACUCUAUAUUGAUU